GUGACGGUAUGUGGGGACACGGCGCGGUGGCUGCGGGACUGACUGGAAACUACUAAAGUUCCUGUGGGAUCAAGUAGAAUUUUAUAAGAACAUAAUGGAUGGAGAGGAGAAAUCCUAUGGUGGCUGUGAAGGCCCUGAUGCCAUGUAUGUCAAAUUAAUAUCUUCUGAUGGGCAUGAAUUUAUUGUAAAAAGAGAACAUGCAUUAACAUCAGGAACAUUAAAGGCCAUGUUGAGUGGACCAGGGCAGUUUGCUGAGAAUGAAACCAAUGAGGUCAAUUUCAGAGAGAUCCCUUCGCACGUGCUAUCGAAAGUAUGCAUGUAUUUUACCUACAAGGUCCGCUACACUAACAGCUCCACCGAGAUUCCUGAAUUCCCGAUUGCACCUGAAAUUGCACUGGAGCUGCUGAUGGCUGCGAACUUCCUAGAUUGUUAAAUAGAAUAAAUUAUAAUAAACUGUUCAUUUUUUCAGUAUUUAA